AGAUCGUGGUCUUCAAGGUCUCUCGCUUCUCCUACAAGAGAGCUUGAUAUCUGUUAAUGAAUCCUUCAAAGAGGAAGAAUGGGUUUCAAGCUGCAAAAACAUAGCAAACUCUCUUGCUUCCAGAGUGCCUCGAGACAUGAACUGUUUGAGGAUAGUGGAAUCCGUAGCAGGUGUUGAUGCUCGAAGCAAGCAUUUGAGAAGUACCAUCGCUAAUCAAAUGCUUGUUGUUUUACUUGAACAUAAGGAGAGCGACGAGAAUUUGAUGAGCUCGCUCUGAUGUCUAUCAAUCUGAAGGAGAAGAGUUGCAACCUCUUCAGAAAGUACAUGAUGUUGGUUUUGUCAGAGAACUGGCUAUUGUCAAGUAAGUUGGUUGAGGAAAAGCCAGUACUGAGAGACAUGUGGGCUGUGUUUCUCAGAAACUGUUUUUGUCAGAUCAAUAGCACCGAUCUUCGGCCUUUUGCAUCAAAAGUUCGUACCAAAGCGUCAUAUCUUCUUCAAGGAUGCAGAAGCGAUUGAAGUGGUAAACCUGAAACGUUAGCAGCUAGUCUCCAAAGUGAAAUUUAGUUAUAAAUAAAAUUUUAAAUUUUUCAUGUUUUUUAAUUUAAUUUUUUUUAAGCUAAAGACUCCAAAUAGGAAAACACCAUUGGACAUACUAUUUUGAUUAGAAUCCUUAACUAUUCUAAAAAAAAAAAAUUAGUUUAAUAAUCAUAAGGACUCCAAUGGUGGUAACACCAUUGGAGAUGCUCUUACACUCCAAGUGUAAACCCUGAGCCACUAAGCGAGGAGCAAAAAUCUGAUAAAAUAAUAAAUAUGUUUUUUUUUGUAAAAAAUUAAAUGAUAAAUAUGUUUUUUUUUUUUUUGUAAACUUGGUAAAUAUGUUACUGACUAAUAUCAAAUAUUUGAUCAAAAUCCCAAUAAUAAAGAUGUAGACAGAUUCAGAAAUAUUUAUUAAAAUUUGACCUAGAAAAUACUACAUUUUUAGGUGGGACUUCUGACCAAGUCACGUGCCCAAAACAAUUGUUUCAAAACUCUCUUAUCAAACUUUUAUCACUUGAUCAACUCCCUCUUUUGCAUGGAGUAAUUGUUUCCAUGCAACAAAGACAGUUAUCGUGCCGCAGUCAAGGGUUUUGCUUUCUAGAAACAUAUAUACACGCAUUCAUCAGGCCACCAAAAGAAAUCAUCGUUUCGAUUUUUUCUUAUUCGAUCUAUUGAUUUAUACGUUAAAAGUUAACUUAAGUUUUCAUUUUACUGGUCAUUUUUUUCCAGAUAUUGAACGUGCUUUAUACACCAGACUCAGUUCUCUAUUAUCUUAUAAAUUGUCGAAAACCGCACUCUAAUACAAAGCUGUCUUCGUAAGCCAUUGACUAGAUCUAUAGUCUUUUUUUUUUGGUCAACUAGAUAUAGAAAGUCUAUUAUUCAAGACUUAAUGAAAGACUAUACCUUUAUAUAAACUUAAGAUUUAAUGCAGGAGUAGUACAUAUAUACAAACAACUCCUCUGGCUUUCUCCUACAACCCCUAAUUUCGGAUCUCAAUUUUGAUUUGUGUAUUGUAAACUCAUGACUACAGUAAGAUUUACUGUAACUUUCCGCUUCCCUGCGAGUCCAAGACUCGACUGCGAGAGCUAUGCUGGUCUGAAAGCUAGGACGGCGAGGGUUAGCUAUCCCCUAACCAUAGCCACUCGUCGACACCAUCUUGUCCAAAUAGCAAACGAAGAUCGGACUUUGGUGGUGAGAGCUGCAGCUGGGGAGAUACCUAACAAAAGGUACCCAGGAGAACCGAAGGGGUUUGUAGAGGAGAUGAGGUCCGUAGCGAUGAAAAUGCACCCGAGAACCCAGUCAAAAGAAGGAAAAAGAGAGUCCACAGCUCCCCAAGACAGUCCUGUGGCGACGUGGGAGUUCACAGUGGAAGGGUACUUGAAGUUUCUCGUGGAAAAUAAACUUGUGUUCGACACUCUUGAAGGGAUUAUUCACGACUCUACCGUCCCAACUUAUGCUGCAUUCAAAAACACAGGAUUGGAAAGGGCAAAUAAUUUGGCCAAAGAUUUGGAGUGGUUCAAGGAACAAGGUUACGAGCUUCCUGAGCCAAAGGCUCAUUGUAAAACAUAUUCUCUGUAUCUAAAGGAUAUAGCAGAGAAUGAUCCACCAGCAUUCAUCUGUCAUUUCUACAACAUCUACUUCGGACAUAGCGCUGGUGGUGGUCGAAUGAUUGGGUCAAAGGUAUCUGAGAGGAUACUCGACAAUAAAAAACUCGAAUUCUAUAAAUGGGACGGCGACAUUUCCGAAUUGUUGACGAACCUGAGUGAAGAAUUGAACAAAGUCUCUGAGUUGUGGACGAGAGAAGAGAAGAAUCAUUGUUUAGAAGAGACAGAGAAAGCGUUCAAGUGUUAUGGGCACCUUCUUCGUUCCUUGGUCUCCCCUGAUUUGUAAUGACCCUGCGGUGGCAAUACAAGUAGGUGGGAAGGCCAUCAAGAGUGAAAAUUAAAUUAGAAAUAAUUGGACUAAGUCUCCAUUCACAUAUUUUCUUUAUUGCAUAAUAAUAUAUGAAGUCUAUGUUGUGGUUACCAAAAUAUGGGAACCUGACUUCCUUGGUUGUUUCUUUUACAUUUCCAAAUUUGUUGCAACUAAUUAAAGUUCCAUCAUUUUAUCAUUUGUACUAGUACAACUUUAAUGAUAGUCAAAAACUAGUCGAUAAAAAAAUUCUAAUUUAAUAGAGUAGAUAGAUACAAAAUGUUAAAUUAAAAGACAGAAUACAUAAGGAUUAUAGACUGAAACGAUACUUAUAAAGGCAAUUCUCUCAAAUAGACAUUUUUUAAUUUUUGUCAUAAAAAUAACAUUCAAAAAAGAAAAAUAGCCAAAAUAGUUCUUUUUUAUUUUUGAAAAUUUUUAAUAUUUAUUUUUUUGUUUUGUAAAAAUUUGAAACUCUAUUCUCAAAAUUAUACUUUUAACUCUAAAUCUUAAGUCUAAAUUAGUUAAGCCUAAAGUUUAAAUGUAUUUUUACUCUUUAAUAAAAUUUCUUUUAGUCAUUAAUUUCUCCUCACGUGAAUUUGGAAACUCAAACUCGAUGAAGUAAAAAGAUACUCCCUCUGUUCUUUAAUAUUAUAUAUUCUAGAAAAAAAAAUUGUUUUAAAAAGAUCUAUUUUUUAUAUUUUCAAGACAUGUUUUAUUAACUAAUUGUAAAUUUCAAAAAAACUUAAUUGCAUUUACUGAAUUGUUAUUGGCUUAAAAUUAUAAAACGAAGAUAAACACAAAAAAAUAUGCAAAUUUAAUGUGUUUUAUUAAAAUGUGUGAAAAAUCUAGAAUAUGUAACAUUAAGAAACAGAGAGAGUAAGAAAUACCAAAUCAAAGAUUUGUCAAAAAAAAAGGCAACAUAACAUUGCUGGCAUUGGUGUUUGCGUCAACAGAGAUGCUUUGGCAGACGAAAUCAACCAACAUAAAUAACAGAUUAAAUUAGUAUUGCCAAAAAAUAAACGAAAGGAAAAAACACAUUUCUCUAUACUGCAUGAACCAAAGUUUAUACAUUUUACACAUGAGUAAACGGUACAUGGAUCAAUACCGUUACACUCAAGAGUCUAUGAAGCACAAAACAUGCCACAAAACUCACUUAUCUUCACAACACAUCGACGAUAUAUAAUGUUAGCUGAAGAAACAGUCUCUUGUACACAAAUUAAGUGAAUCAUAUAGAUCCCCAGCUUAAGGUGUAAUCUUUGUAUGUCAAAAGAGAUGGAACAUCUUUCUUAUGUUUUACUUUUGUUGUCCCGAUGUCAUGGCCUUUAGCU